AUGAAAAAUAACUAUACGGCUAACAAUACGACCAGUAGUAGCAGUAACAGCAGUAUUAUUACUACAUGUACGAAUAACUUAGAUAAACAUAGUCAUCAGACUACAAAUGUAUCAACAAGAACUAAGAAUCGUAAAUCAGGAUUUCAGGCCGGUGUAACAGUUGGCUAUACUUACGAUGCUUUUUUCAUAUCUGAUGGUCGAUCAAGGAAACGCGUUAAAAACUCACUUGCAAAACAGAUAAAAUCACACAGUCGUCGAUCAUAUCCUAUUGAUGAUUCAUCGAACUUAAUUAGUCCACGAUCAAAUAGAAGUACUUCAGGAUCUUGUUCAUUAGAUGGAACUUGUAUGUCGAAUUGUCCAAAUGACGAACCGUCGGAUGGAAUAUUGAAUGGCCAGUCAAAAUCACAUGUGUCGAUUACAUCAUCAUCUUUAUUGGCGUCAUCGACUGAGUCGCAAAAAGAACGAUACAGUUGUCCAGAUUGUGGGAAAAAUUAUGCCACUUCAUCAAAUCUUAGCCGACAUAAACAAACACACCGUAGUUUAGACAGUCAGUCAGCUAAAAAGUGUCCACAGUGUGGUAAGGCUUAUGUAUCUAUGCCAGCAUUAUCGAUGCAUUUAUUAACACAUGACUUAAAACAUCAGUGUGACAUCUGUGGUGAGAAACCAUAUGGUUGUGCUCACUGUGGUCGAGCAUUCGCUGACCGAUCUAAUUUACGUGCUCAUAUGCAAACGCAUUCAGGUAUGAAACAAUUCGAAUGUAAAAAGUGUCAUAAAAACUUUGCACUCAAAUCCUAUUUGAAUAAACAUUUAGAAUCUGGUUGUAUGAAUAGAUCUGAUUGGUCGAUGAACAGUUCACCAGCAACCGAUGAAAGUAAAUCUCACCAGACAUCAGAGAAAACACCGAAAAUUGAAUUUUACCAACAGUCUGAUCUACCAUGGAGCGUCACCAAACUAAUUAAUUAG